UUGUUGUUAUUUUUUUUGUUGGUCGCUGCUAUCUGUGCUGGAAGGGAAAAAAGAAAGAACGACCGUGAUUCUAAUCUACUUUCAAUCAGAACUUUGUAAUUUUGUCGUGUACAUUCUACGCUUUUAUUUAGACGCCUGACUUCGGUGGCCGUGCGCACAUAUUUCUUCCCCGCAGCCAAACUAGCGCGCCCAGACACAAUGAAGAAAAAGGUGCUCCUGAUGGGCAAGAGCGGCUCUGGCAAGACCAGCAUGCGUUCGAUCAUCUUCGCCAACUACAUCGCCCGUGACACACGAAGGCUGGGAGCUACAAUCGAUGUCGAACACUCACACGUCCGCUUUUUGGGCAAUCUCGUGCUCAACCUGUGGGACUGCGGUGGGCAGGAAUCGUUCAUGGAGCAGUACUUCGCCUCACAGAAGGACAACAUCUUCCGGAACGUGGAGGUGCUGAUUUACGUGUUCGAUGUGGAGAGCCGCGAGCUGGACAAGGACAUGCACUACUACCAGUCGUGCCUGGAGGCGUUGCUGGUCAACUCGCCGAACGCGAAAAUCUUCUGCCUCGUGCACAAGAUGGACCUGGUGGCGGAGGAGCAGCGCGACAUAAUAUUCAAGGAGCGCGAGGAGGACCUGAAGCGCUGUUCGCGCCCGCUCGAGUGUACGGCAUUCCGGACGAGCAUCUGGGACGAGACGCUGUACCGGGCGUGGAGCAGCAUCGUCUACCAGCUGAUCCCGAACGUGAAGGCGCUGGAGCACUCGCUCAACUACUUCGCGAACGUGGUGGACGCGGACGAGGUGCUGCUGUUCGAGCGGGCCACCUUUCUGGUGAUUUCGCACUGCCAGCGCAAACAGCACCGGGACAGCCACCGGUUCGAGAAGGUGUCGAACAUCAUCAAACAGUUCAAGCUGUCCUGCUCGAAGCUCGGUGCCAAGUUCUCGUCGAUGGAGGUGCGCAACAGCGUGUUUGCGGCGUUUAUCGACACGUUCACGAGCAACACGUACGUGAUGGUGGUGAUGUCCGAUCCGUCGAUACCGUCCGAGGCAACGCUGAUCAACAUUCGGAACGCGCGCAAGUACUUCGAGGAGCUGGAGAACCCGAACAGCAGCACCGGCGCCAGCCAUGCGAACAAUCACCACCUGCACCAUGCAGCCAUCAGCCAUCACGGUGCGCACGGUGGCAUGGUGAAUGGUGCGACGCAUCCAAACCAGUACGCCGGAAGCGGCGGAGGCUAUCACCAGUACGCUGGGCAGCAGCAGCAGCAUCAGCAGCAGCAGCUUUACCAGCAACCGAAUCAGCAGCAGCAACAGCACCAGCAGCUGCAACCACACCACCUAACGCAAUAUCAAUCGUACCAUCACAACACCACAACGAACGCUUAUCACUGAUACCUGUACCGGAAGAAGUACUACUACUUCCGGUAAGCAAAACGAAUACUAGGACGUGAUCUUCCAGACAAAAAAAAAGAAAGCCUGAUGGUCGUGCGGUUGUGGUCGACUUUCCUUCCUGCGCAGUCAUUUUGUUGUUUAGUUUACCACGCGUGGAAGGUGCGAAACUGGCACGCUUGAGAGCAGCCGCAGAAACCUUGGAUGAUGAUGGGGCCCCCCUAUGGAAGAGCAAACUCCACCACCUAAGUCAGACGCUGUGUGAAUGUUAGAGAACGCGUGCAAUCUCGGCAGGAUAUUGGCAAGUUUGUUUCCGUAGUUUUUGUUGUUGUUGUUGUUGUUUUGAAGCAUCCCUCCUGUUUCCAAAUAAUCGAAAGGGCCGCACUGUUGCUGCCGGUUUGACGCUUAGGAGUAGAACGUUCCAACCAUACUGUUCAAUAUAACGUGUUCCUGAUGAUAAUCCCGUUGCAACGAUCCUAUGUCGCGUAUGUUUGUGUGUGGCUGGCUGGUUUUUACUACUUUAUAAUGAUUACAGAAGAAAUUAGUGGGUUUGUUUUUUACUAGAAGUGUAUUAGCUUCUUCUGCUCCCGCCAUAUGUAUAUUUAGCUGCCGUUGGUUUGUUGCGCGCGUUGAAUCAAUCCUAUAAGCUCCCGUGUUCAAUAGCCGAUUAUUUGGAUAAGUGAUUCAAGCUGUUUGUUUAAGUUCUUCCAGCUUCCAGCGCUCACUUUCCCUUUUCGUUGUGCAAUUUAUGCGAAUCAAAACAGUUUCACGCCUUUGGAACUCUCGUUACACGUGGACCAAACUAUCUUCCUCCUUCCUUUCUUCACACUAUCGACACGCUAAUGGCAAAGUGUUUCGCAGGGGAGGAUAAUGAAUAUUGUGACCAGAUAAAAAAGCGAGUGUUUAUGGUACCUAACUGAAACAGAAUAGAAUAAUGAAAGAAGUAAGCAAAACGGUGUAAAUUUUGUUGCUACAGGAGCAGAAGGAGCUUCGAAUCCGCCAGCGAACCCUAUUAUUGAUAGCGGUAGAAUUCAGGACAACAGAGUAGGAGGAGGAGGAGGAGGAGGGUCUUUGGGCUGGAGCAAAUGAAGAUGUAAACUGUAAAAUAAAGCCAAACUGCAGAAGAAUAUGAAUAAAACAAUAUUGAUAUAAA